UGUAGCAUCACUUCUUUAUUUUGUUGUCUUUUUGUUCUAUUUUUUUAGUGGUUCUAUUAUUUUUUUUUAAGGGACUUGCUUGCUGAGCAGGGUAGCUAAGAAAAGAUACAACAUAAGUCUGGGGGAGUCUGGUUUCUGAUCCAGUUUCUUCUAUUAAAUGACUGGGUGACCUUGAGAAAAGCACAUAAGCUUCCUGGGGCUCAUCUUUAGAGAGAAUGGAAUUAUUAUAAAGAGUAUAAAUUCAGGAGCAAAACUAUUUGUUUAAGAAAUAAAUUUAUUUUUUAAAUACAAGCAUUAUAUAACCGUAUUAUAUAAUAUUUGGAAAGUCAGAACUAAUUUUCUGUAAUCCCCGGUGCCCAAAACACUAUCACCAUUCCAAUUUUGUAAUAGUUUCUUUGUUUUUUACAUGUAUAUUUCCAUACCUAUCUAUGUAGCAUUUUGAUAUAUAUAAUGCUUAAUCUUUAAGUCCCUGAUUAUGGCCAUGAAAACGAUUUACUGUUUCAUCUUAAGAGUAUUAGUAAUCUUGAUAAUGGCUUUAGAAUGGCUGUUUCUAGGAAACUCAGACCUAAAGCUAAAAGACCAAAACUUAAUUGUGUUGAUAAACAGCUUUUAUUUGCUCACUAAUUUAUAAUGGAAAGUUGUUUUUCAAGGAGGCAAUCUUGGAGGAGUUUAGAAGAUUUAAAGUUGAGGAUGACUAAUAACUAGGGAACUUUGCUUGAUAAGUCAUGUUGUUUCUACUUUGAGAAGGAAGUUGAAUUCAUAUGUGCAUGUUGCUUAUAACUAAAAUUAGAUUAAUUUAUGGUGUUUGAAUUCUGUCUUUCUGCUUUCUUAGUUGAAGAUGCUUUUUUUAUGAUUUUAUUUUGCUGUUAUUUUCAUGGAGAUAUUUAAAAGAUGUGUGAUAUUAAUCUGGUCUAAAUAUAGGACUUGCGUAUACCUCUCUUAUACUUUGGAGAAAAUAUUUGGAAUAUCACUUAGAGUAAAAUUGUUAAUCGUUGCUUUCCUCUAUAUCCUUUUUUUCUCCCAAGAACUUUGACCAAAAUAAGCUAGAAGAAGAAAUGAGAAAGCGGAAAGAAAGAGUAGAAAAAUGGCGAGAAGAGCAACGCAAAAAGGCCAUGGAAAACAUAGGAGAACUGAAAAAGGAAAUUGAAGAGAUGAAACAAGGGAAAAAAUGGAGUUUAGAAGAUGAUGAUGAUGAUGAAGAUGAUCCUGCGGAAGCUGAAAAGGAAGGAAAUGAAAUGGAGGGUGAGGAGUUAGAUCCAUUAGAUGCUUACAUGGAAGAAGUGAAGGAGGAAGUAAAAAAGUUUAAUAUGAGAAGUGUAAAAGGUGGUGGAGGAAAUGAAAAGAAGUCUGGGCCAACGGUCACAAAAGUUGUCACUGUUGUGACAACCAAAAAAGCAGUUGUGGAUUCUGAUAAGAAGAAAGGUGAGCUGAUGGAGAAUGACCAGGAUGCCAUGGAGUAUUCUUCAGAGGAAGAAGAAGUUGAUCUUCAGACAGCCCUCACAGGCUAUCAGACAAAACAGAGAAAGCUUCUAGAGCCAGUAGAUCAUGGGAAGAUUGAAUAUGAACCAUUCAGAAAAAACUUUUAUGUUGAAGUUCCAGAACUAGCAAAAAUGUCUCAAGAGGAGGUGAAUGUCUUUCGGUUGGAAAUGGAGGGCAUUAUUGUCAAGGGAAAAGGUUGCCCCAAACCAAUUAAAUCUUGGGUUCAGUGUGGAAUUUCCAUGAAGAUCUUAAAUUCUCUCAAAAAGCAUGGCUAUGAAAAGCCCACACCAAUCCAAACUCAGGCGAUUCCUGCGAUAAUGUCCGGGCGAGACUUGAUUGGUAUUGCCAAGACCGGAAGUGGAAAGACCAUUGCUUUUCUGUUGCCCAUGUUUAGACACAUCAUGGAUCAGAGGUCACUAGAAGAAGGAGAGGGGCCAAUAGCUGUCAUCAUGACUCCAACUCGAGAACUGGCUUUACAAAUUACUAAAGAAUGUAAGAAAUUUUCGAAGACCUUGGGACUUAGAGUGGUCUGUGUUUAUGGAGGAACGGGCAUCAGUGAGCAGAUUGCUGAACUGAAAAGAGGUGCUGAAAUUAUUGUUUGUACACCUGGUCGAAUGAUUGACAUGUUAGCAGCUAACAGUGGUCGGGUGACAAAUCUUCGAAGAGUGACAUACGUUGUUUUAGAUGAAGCAGACAGAAUGUUUGACAUGGGUUUUGAACCACAGGUCAUGCGUAUUGUGGAUAACGUCCGUCCUGAUCGACAGACCGUUAUGUUUUCAGCUACUUUCCCCAGAGCUAUGGAGGCUUUGGCUCGCAGAAUCCUGAGUAAACCCAUUGAAGUGCAGGUUGGAGGCAGGAGUGUGGUUUGCUCGGAUGUGGAGCAGCAAGUGAUUGUGAUUGAAGAGGAAAAGAAAUUCUUGAAGUUACUUGAGCUUCUGGGCCAUUAUCAGGAAUCUGGAUCUGUCAUUAUAUUUGUGGAUAAACAGGAACAUGCUGAUGGUCUUCUGAAAGAUUUAAUGAGAGCAUCUUAUCCUUGCAUGUCUCUUCAUGGAGGUAUUGAUCAAUAUGACAGAGAUAGCAUCAUAAAUGAUUUUAAGAAUGGCACCUGCAAACUUCUUGUGGCCACUUCUGUUGCUGCCCGAGGUCUAGAUGUGAAACAUCUGAUUCUUGUAGUAAAUUACAGCUGCCCUAACCAUUAUGAAGAUUAUGUGCACAGAGCAGGACGGACUGGAAGAGCAGGCAACAAAGGUUACGCAUAUACUUUUAUCACAGAAGAUCAAGCUCGCUAUGCUGGUGACAUUAUUAAAGCUCUUGAAUUGUCGGGGACUGCAGUGCCUGCAGAUCUAGAGAAACUUUGGAGUGAUUUCAAAGAUCAACAGAAAGCUGAAGGGAAAAUAAUUAAAAAGAGUAGUGGGUUCUCUGGUAAGGGAUUCAAGUUUGAUGAAACAGAACAAGCUUUGGCUAAUGAGAGGAAGAAGUUACAAAAAGCAGCUCUUGGUCUGCAAGAUUCAGAUGAUGAGGAUGCUGCAGUUGAUAUUGAUGAGCAAAUUGAAAGCAUGUUUAAUUCAAAGAAGAGAGUGAAGGAUAUGGCUGCUCCUGGAACAUCUAGUGUUCCUGCUCCAACUGCAGGAAAUGCUGAGAAAUUAGAAAUUGCGAAGAGAUUGGCUCUUAGAAUCAAUGCUCAGAAGAAUUUGGGCAUUGAGUCUCAGGUAGAUGUGAUGCAACAGGCCACCAAUGCAAUUCUCAGAGGUGGCACCAUUCUGGCUCCCACUGUGUCUGCAAAAACCAUUGCAGAGCAACUUGCUGAAAAGAUCAAUGCCAAGCUCAAUUAUGUGCCUUUGGAGAAACAAGAAGAGGAGAGACAGGAUGGUGGACAGAAUGAAUCUUUUAAGAGAUAUGAGGAAGAAUUAGAGAUCAAUGACUUCCCACAGACUGCUAGGUGGAAAGUUACAUCUAAGGAAGCUCUGCAGAGAAUCAGUGAGUAUUCUGAAGCUGCAAUUACAAUCAGAGGAACAUACUUCCCACCUGGCAAGGAACCCAAGGAAGGAGAGCGGAAAAUUUACUUGGCAAUUGAAAGUGCCAAUGAACUGGCCGUGCAGAAAGCAAAGGCAGAAAUCACCAGGCUCAUAAAAGAAGAACUGAUUCGGCUGCAAAAUUCAUACCAACCAACAAAUAAAGGAAGAUACAAAGUCUUAUAAAACAUCUGGAAAGAACUUUUUACCUGUGCUGGUCGUGAUACAUGUGGCAAUUGUGUGCAGUUUACAAUGUAUUGUAAAUUAAGAUUUUUUAAAUUCUGCCUUGCUGAUUUUUUAAAUACAAGAACCCAGUAUUUGCUAAAGAAAUCUUCUUGCAGUAAGUACCCCUAGAAUUAUCAAACUAUAGUUAAGACAGGCCUGUGCCUGUUUUCAGAGUAUGAUGUCCUUUAAUGUAAAGCUUAAAAAUGUCAACAUUUUAAAUACAUGGAUAGUAUUCCAGAAGUUUAAAAAAAAAGGAAAUAUUUGGACUUUCUAUUGAAGUUAAUAAAGUACACAAGUUGCUCAGGGGCUAUUCACCUUAUCCUCUUGUAAUGAAAUUUGUGAUCAUCUCUUCGGAAAAGGUAAAAUUCUGUCUACUUUUGUGUCUCCCUUGAGCUUAAAUCUUAACUCAGUGGAACUAUGAACUGGAUUUAAGAAUGUUAUAGAAUUUUUACAAAAUGGGUUCAGAAUUUUUGUUUCAAUUUUUAUCAUCAUAAAUGGGCAAUAGUUGGAUUACUUUUUGGUUUUGUAAAAUUAAAGAUUUGUAGUAUAAGAGUCGUUUGCAUUUCUUUACACUGCAAAGAAUUUUAGUAUUUACUACUUUUAGGUUCCCCUCACAACCUCUGGCUCUACACCUAGCUACUAACUUUUCUAAUCUUCAUUUUAAAGAAGUGAUUUGUAGCCUGUAAAUAUUAAUAUGAUUCCUUUUCCCACUGAAAGUAUUUGCGUAUACAUCUGUACAUAUAAAUACCCUACUAAUUUUAAUCUGGUUUUCUUCAGGAUUAUUGUGUAGGUUGUGAAUUUUCUUUAAAAUUUUGAAACAUAAUGAUAUCCAUGUUUUAAACUUAGCCAUAAGCAUCUCAGUGAAAUUUAGUUCACAAGGAAUCAUAACUUACAUUUUUGAGCCCUCAGAUACAUUUCCUAUUUUAAUUAAAAUUGUCAUAAUUGAAUUGCCCUUUUUUUUUCAUGCUCAUGGUAUGUUAGAACUUCAUAUUAUUGUCAUUUCUUGAAAAAAAUUUUUUUCAGGAAUUAAAUAGACAUUUCUUAAAUUAAGAAACAGUUCCUUUGAAUAUUCUUGCUUAGAGUUUUUAGAAAAGAAUGAAAGCAUACUAUAACUGUUAAAAAAAAUCAUUUUAAUAGUAAUUAAGUAGUUAAAGUGACAGGGAGUAUUGAUCGUUGUUUCUGCAAUGUAGUAUUGUUACUGAAAAACUACGAUAUAACUGGGAAAUAUUCUUAGAUGCCUCACAUAUCCACUGUUGGAGGAAAACAGACAAAACAUAUGUAACAGCAGAACCAAAUAAACGAUUUACUCUAAAA